CAUUUUUGUUUGAACUAUAACCUACAAAACGAUAGAGUGAACAUAACCUUGAAUUCGAAAAAUUCAGAAAAAUGUUUCUGAAACCAUUAAGUGUCCUCAAUAUUACAAAAAGAUUCGUUGGAAAAAAGAGAUAUGUUUGGGCAGGAGAAUAUAUUCAGUAUCCAGGUUUUAAAUAUUACCCAAAUGACCCCAACUUCCAAGAUCCACCUUGUGAGCCUGCAAAGUUAUUUAGAGUUCAAAGAAUAAAACCUCUUAAAGGUACACCUUAUUUUGAGAAAUCAAUACUGAGAGAUUUCAAACUAGAUGGAAAACAGAGCGACGUUGUUGUUCUCAAAAAUAUGCCUGAAACAAAUAUGAAAUUAUGGAAAAUUAAACACUUGGUGCAGAUUAAACCUAUCACUUUUCCUAAUGGAUUUCCAGAAGAUAUAAAUGGUACAUACCUCAAAGAAAAUGGUGAAUUGGUUGUAAAACAUAGUAUUUCUGAGGAGAAACAAGUUCUCUCUGAAACAUUGCGGAAAGAUGUUAAACGGUUGGAUGGUGAUACUUUAAGGCGGAAUUCUAGACAGAAGUGGCUUACUGGAUGGAGCAAUUUAUAAAAUGAAUGUAAAAUACAUUAAAUAUAUAUGAAUUAAAAUAUUCACAAAAUU